CGUCUUUAAUCCAUAGCAACACCAAGAACACAGAAAAAAACCAGAAGCGCGAAAGAGAAGAAGAAGAAGGAAAAAACACUGUUACAAUUACCCUAUUUUUUCAUUCAUCAAUUUCUCAUCUCACGAGAAUUUCACUCUUCUCGAUCUCAUUUCUUCGUCUCUCCGAUCUAUCUUCUCAUCUCUUCCAUUUUCUCGGGUUUUUGAAUCUGCGAGGAUUAAGAAGAGGUGAAGAAGAAGAAUUUGCAGCAUGAGCAUCAACAGCCCUGGAGAAGGGGAUAAUUAGGGUUUUCUAACGUGGAAUCUGUGAUUUCCAUGGGUGAUGGGGGUGUUACAUGCAUGCCUUUGCAGUAUAUUAUGGAGAAAAUAUCGAGUUCCGAGAAAUCGCAUUGCGGAGGCAGUAAGUUUGUUAAUGGUGACAGGAAGAAUAUGAAGUCAAGGAAGAGUGAGUUAGGGUUUGAUAGAGUGAAUAAGAGUGGGAGUGAUGUUGAGAAUGGUGAUAAGGUGUUGAAGGAAGAAGUGGAAGAGGGUGAAUUGGUUACUAAUUUUAAGUGGCCGAGAAGUGAAGUUGAGAUUGAAAAUGGUGAAAUUGUGCCUGAAAAUGUGAUGUCAAGAAGAAGUGAGAUUGAGAAUGGGGAGAUUGUGGGGGAGAGAUGGAAAACAAGGGAGUUUGAGAAGUUUGAGAAGGGAGAGUUUCGUUCCGGGAACUGGAGGAGGGAUGAUGUAGAGAGAGGGGAGAUAGUGAGUGAGAAGGGUAGGAGAGGGGAGAAUGAAUAUGGUCCGGGUUCAUGGAGAGGCGGGAAAGAUGAUUAUGAAAAGGGGGAGUUUGUUCCAGAUAGAUGGUAUAAAGGAGAAAUGGGAGGGAAGAAUGAUUACGGUAAUAUUAGUAACCGACGAAAUUACCCGGGUAAGGACAAAGGGUGGAAAUUUCAACGCGAACGUACGCCACCACCUUCUUGGAGGUACACAGGGGAAGAUUCUUUUCGAAAGAAAGAAUUUAUUAAUAGAAGUGGAAAUCAGCAUGCUAAAAAUUCUUCCAGGUGGGAGAAUGCGCAGCCGAGGAAUGUAAGGACCAGUUCAAAGAUUGUUGAUGAUGAGAAAAAUGCAUACAGCAAUGGUAAGGAUCAUACCCGAGAUUAUACUUCUUCUGGAAGUCGCUUGAAGAGGCCCGGUAAUGAUUUUGAUGGCUAUGAACGGAAGCAUUAUGCAGAUUUUACAAAUUUAAAAAGUCGAAGGCUUUCUGAUGAUAAUUAUCGAUGUGCUUACUCUGAGAACUAUUCUCGUCGUCCUGUGGAGCAGUCUUACAGAAAUAAUAAUUCUACGAGACUAUCUGCAGAAAAGUAUUCUUCUAGAAAUCAUGAAUCUUCUUUGUCUACCAGACCUGCUUACGACAGACAUGAACGCAGCCCUGUUCAUUCUGAGUGGUCCCCACGUGACAGAAGCAGGUAUUAUGAUCAGAGAGAACGCACUCCAGUGCGCCGAUCGCCUUUUGGUCGUGAGAGAUCUCCAUAUAGCCGGGAUAAAUCUCCACAUGCACGGGAGAGGUCCCCAUAUAUGAGGAGCUGGGACAGAAGCCGACAACAUGAUCAUAAGUUGAGAAGUCCAGUGCGCACCGAGCAGUCGCCACAAGAUCAAGGUUGGAGACAACAUGAUCAUAAGUUGAGAAGUCCAGCACGCACUGAGCACUCCCCACAGGAUCCAAGUUGGCGACAGCAUGAUCAUAAGUUGAGAAGUCCAGCACGCGCUGAGCAGUCGCCACAAGAUCAAGGUUGGAGGCAGUAUGAUCCUAAGUUGAGAAGCCCAGCACGCACCGAGCAGUCACCACGAAAUCAAGGUUGGCGACAUAAUGAUCAUAAGCUGAGAAGUCCAGCACGCACCGAGCAGUCACCGCGAGGUCAAGGUUGGCGACAUAAUGAUCAUAAGCUGAGAAGUCCAGCAUGCACCGAGCAGUCACCGCGAGGUCAAGGUUGGCAACAGAAUGAUCAUAAGUUGAGAAGUCCGGCACGCACCGAGCAGUCGCCACAUGAUCAAGGUAGGCGUCGUGGUCUCAGGGAUUGUACUCCAAAUUUAGGAGAAGAAUCUCCCCAUGUGCGAACUACGAAAGAUGUUCAUGAAGAAACAAGUUGCAAAAACUCAUCAAGUGAAAAUCUUAACUUCCCAAAUAGUUGUAAGAGUGAUGAAGAUAAGCACAUUCCAAGGGAGUCAGCUUGUUCGGUUACAGAAUCUGAAGGUGAAAGAAACGUGCAAAAGACAAAUGAGUCAAUCGAGAAAGAUAUUAGUAGUAGUCAACCUGUUGACACACAGCAGUCCUGUAGCCCAACAGUUGACCACAAAGAAUCUCCGCAGUGUGAGGCACAGCCACCUCCUGAUGAGCUGCUUUCAAUGGAAGAAGAUAUGGACAUUUGUGAUACUCCUCCUCAUGUCCCUGUGGUGACAGAUUUGUCCUCAGGGAAAUGGUUUUAUCUUGAUUAUGGAGGUGUAGAAAAUGGACCUACAAAAUUGUGUGACAUCAAGGCCCUUGUUGAUGAAGGGGUACUAAUGUCAGAUCACUUUAUCAAGCACUUGGAUAGUAACAGAUGGUUGACAGUUGAAAAUGCAGUGUCGCCAUUGGUUGCUCAGAUUUUUCCGUCCGUUGUGUCAGAUACGAUAACUCAGCUUGUAAAUCCUCCAGAAGCUUCUGGAAAUCUUUUGGCAGAUACUGCAGAUAUUCAAUCAGCUCCUGCGAAUAAUCCGGAAAUGCUGGCCCCCUCACCGCCACGCGGACACCUCAACGACAAUGUGCUUACGUCUGAACUUUUGGACAACUUCUACAUUGAUGAAAGAGUUCAAAAACUGUUAGAGGGUUAUGAUGUUAUUCCUGGAAUGGAACUUGAGGCAAUAAAAGAAGCGUUGCAAAUGAAAUUUGAAUAUCCGAAAGAGGAUGGAUUAGGAGACUAUGAAGGUUUUCCUUGGCAUGUUUCCUGCCUUAGGGAAGAUUGUGAUUCAAGUACUGAUUUAGCAUCAAGAGAUUCUGAAUCUCAGUUAAGUAUGUCUUGUGACAACAAGGAUGAUGGAUUUGGCUAUGGCAUUCCUAAGGAUUGGUUUUCCACCCUUUGGUCAUGCAAAGGUGGUGACUGGAAGAGGAACGAUGAUACCCAAGAUAGAUUUUUUAGGAAAAAAGUUGUUCUAAAUAAUGGUUUUCCAUUGUGCCAAUUGCCAAAGUCUGGAUGUGAAGAUCCUCGAUGGCCUGAAAUUGAUGACUUGUAUUGUCCUUCUCAAAGCAGGCUUGAUCUCCCUUUGUGGGCUGUUGGUGCUGACGAGUUGGUUGAUUGCAAUGCUGCAAGCAGGUCAGUUCAAAGUAAGCCUCCUUCCAUCAAAGGAGUGAAAGGCAAUGUUCUUUCGGUGGUAAGGAUAAAUGCCUGUGUUGUCAAUGACCAGGGAUUGUUGCUCUCUGAAUCACGCCACCAGACCCGAGGCAAGGAUAGACAACAUCCAAGGUCAACUCGGCCAUUCACUUCAACCAGCGAUAGUAAGCGAUCAUCAACUGAAGAAAGUUCUCAGUCAAAAGCAGUUAGUGAUCAAGGUUCUUACCAAAGCAUGGAGUUCAUUGGUGUCCCUAAAGACCAUCUCUGCACUAUCCAGGAGUUGCAGCUACAUUUGGGUGACUGGUAUUACAUUGAUGCUUCUGGGCGUGAGAAAGGGCCUUCAUCUUUUUCGGAGCUACAAUCUUUAGUAGAUCAAGGAGUUAUUAAAAGGCAUAGCAGUGUGUUCAGGAAGCGUGAUAAACUCUGGGUUCCUAUUGCCUCUGCCGCAGAAACUCUAGACGUUUGUCCCACCAGCCACCAAAAAAGCAGUUCAACAUUGGGUGCAUGCUCUGAUCAUCCAUCACAGCAAACUCAAGGUGUUUCAUACGGUGAAUCUUGCACAAGUUCAAGUUUGUUUAAUAAGAUACACCCUCAGUUUGUUGGUUUUACUCGCGGGAAGCUACAUGAACUGGUCAUGAAAUCAUACAAGAGCCGGGAGUUGGCCGCUGCUAUAAACGAGGUUUUGGAUCCCUGGAUAAAUGCAAGACAACCAAAGAAAGAUAUUGAGAAACAAAUAUAUUGGAAAUCAGAAGGUGACACACGAGCUGCCAAAAGAGCCCGGAUGCUGGUUGAUGAUAGUGAAGAAGACAGUGGUUUGGAAGAUGGUGUUACUAUCGGCAAGAAUGAACCCACUUUUGAGGAUCUACGUGGUGAUGCUACUUUUCCUGAAAAAGAAAUUGGUAUCACUGAUUCUGAAGUGGGAAGCUGGGGCUUAUUGGAUGGUCCGGUUUUAGCACGGAUUUUCCAUUUUUUGAGAUCUGAUUUUAAGUCCCUUGUAUUUGCAUCAAUGACGUGCAAGCAUUGGAGUGCUGCUGUAAGGUUUUACAAGGAAAUUUCAAUGCAGCUCAAUUUGUCAUCCUUAGGGCAUUCUUGUACUGAUUCUGUGUUGUGGAACAUUAUGAAUGCUUAUGAGAAAGACAAAAUCAAUUCUAUAAUUCUAAUUGGUUGUAACAAUAUUACUGCCGACAUGCUCGAGAAAAUACUUCUUUCAUUUCCUGGUUUAUGUACCAUAGACAUUAGAGGAUGCAGCCAGUUUGGAGAGCUAACUCCUAAGUUUACCAAUGUGAAAUGGAUUAAGAGCAGAAGUUCACGCAUGGAUGGAAUUGCAGAGGAGCCUCAUAAAAUUAGAAGCCUUAAACAUAUAACAGGGCAAACAUUGUCUGCUUCCAAAUCCAGCAAUUUAGGAAUAGAUGAUUUUGGUCAGUUGAAAGAGUAUUUUGAUAGUGUGGACAAGAGAGACUCGGCAAAGCAAUUAUUUCGUCAAAACUUAUACAAGAGGUCCAAACUAUAUGAUGCUAGAAAGUCCUCUUCCAUUCUAUCUAGGGAUGCUCGUACAAGACGUUGGGCAAUUAAGAAGUCUGAAAGUGGUUUUAAGAGGAUGGAGGAAUUCCUUGCUUCAAGACUAAAGGAAAUUAUGAAGACAAACUCCUGUGACUUCUUUGUACCCAAGGUUGCAGAAAUUGAGGCUAAAAUGAAAAGUGGCUAUUACAGUAGCCGUGGAUUGAGCUCUGUUAAGGAGGACAUAAGUAGAAUGUGCCGUGAUGCAAUAAAAGCGAAAAGUCGGGGUGAUGCUAGUGACAUGAAUCACAUUGUCACAUUAUUUAUUCAACUGGCAUCACGGUUGGAAGCUAGUUCUAAAAAUGUGCAAGGCAGAGAUGUCUUACUGAAGUCAUGGGACAAUGACUCGCCAGCAAUGUUCAGCUCUACUUCCUCAAAGUAUAAGAAAAAUAGAUUAGUGAAUGAAAGGAAGUACAGGAGUAAUGGAAAACAUAAUAUUUUGGAUAAUCUAGAUUAUACUUCUGAUAAAGAAAUUAGGAGGCGCUUGUCAAAGUUGAAUAAGAAAUCCAUGGGUUCAGAGAGUGAAACAUCUGACGAUCUUGAUAGGUCUUUUGAAGAUGAUAAGAGUGACAGUGAUUCCACAACUGCUGAGUCUGGAAGUGACCAUGAAGUACGUUCAAAAAUCACGACCAGGGACCCAAGAGAUGGAUGCUUCUCACCUGAGGGGGAGUUGGAUUUCAUAACUGAUGACCGAGAGUGGGGUGCUCGCAUGACGAAAGCAAGCUUGGUUCCUCCAGUUACCAGGAAAUAUGAAGUCAUUGAUCAUUAUUGCAUUGUAGCUGAUGAGGAGGAGGUGCGGAGGAAGAUGCAGGUUUCAUUACCAGAUGAUUAUGCAGAGAAGCUGAGUGCGCAAAAGAAUGGCACAGAGGAGUCAGAUAUGGAACUUCCUGAAGUCAAAAGUUUCAAACCUAGGAAGGAGCUUGGAAAUGAGGUUAUUGAGCAAGAAGUUUAUGGAAUUGAUCCUUAUACGCACAACCUUUUGCUUGAUUCUAUGCCAGAGGAGUUAGAUUGGUCUCUGCAAGAGAAGCAUUUGUUUAUAGAAGACACACUCCUUCAAACAUUGAAUAAGCAUGUUAGGAGCUCUACUGGAACUGGAAAUACUCCUAUGAGCUACCCUUUGCAGCCUAUUAUUGACGAUAUUAAAAGAUGUGCUGAAGAAGGUUGUGAUGCAAGAAUGCUUAGAAUGUGUCAAGGUAUUCUGAAGGCCAUGAACAGUCGUCCAGAUGACAAAUAUGUAGCUUAUAGAAAGGGGCUUGGUGUUGUUUGCAACAAGGAAGAAGGCUUCUCUCAAGAUGAUUUUGUUGUGGAGUUUUUGGGAGAGGUUUAUCCUGUGUGGAAGUGGUUUGAGAAACAAGAUGGGAUUAGAUCUCUGCAGAAAGAUAGUACAGAUCCAGCACCAGAAUUCUAUAACAUCUACCUUGAGAGACCAAAGGGAGAUGCUGAUGGGUAUGACUUGGUUGUCGUUGAUGCCAUGCACAAGGCUAAUUACGCCAGUCGAAUAUGUCAUUCUUGCCGACCUAAUUGUGAAGCCAAAGUUACUGCUGUUGAUGGUCAGUAUCAAAUUGGUAUUUAUAGUGUUCGUAAAAUUCAACAUGGUGAAGAGAUCACUUUUGAUUACAAUUCUGUUACCGAGAGCAAAGAAGAGUACGAAGCAUCAGUUUGUCUGUGUGGAAGCCAAGUAUGCCGAGGAAGCUAUCUGAAUCUGACUGGUGAAGGGGCUUUUCAAAAGGUUCUGAAGGACUCGCAUGGAAUUCUUGAUCGGCAUUAUUUGAUGCUAGAAGCUUGUGAAUCAAACAUCGUAUCUGAAGAGGACUAUAAUGACCUUGGAAGAGCUGGUUUAGGAAGUUGUUUGCUUGGGGGCCUGCCAGAUUGGCUUGUUGCCUAUGCCGCUCGCCUUGUGAGAUUCAUCAAUUUUGAAAGAACUAAACUUCCUGAAGAAAUUCUAAAGCAUAAUCUGGAUGAAAAGAGAAAAUAUUUUUCAGAUGUUCAUCUUGAAGUUGAAAGGAGUGAUGCCGAGGUUCAGGCGGAGGGAGUAUACAACCAAAGGCUUCAGAAUCUUGCUGUCACUCUCGAUAAGGUAAGGUAUGUUAUGAGAUGUAUUUUUGGUGAUCCGCGGAAAGCACCACCUCCUCUUGAGAAGCUCAGUCCUGAAGAAGUUGUUUCGUCUCUCUGGAAAGGAGAGGGCUCAUUUGUUGAGGAGCUUCUUCAGGGCAUAGCUGCUCAUGUGGAAGAAGACAUCUUGAAUGAUCUCAAAUCAAAAAUUCAUGCUCGUGAUCCUUCAAGUUCGGCAGAUAUUCUAAAAGAGCUUCGGAAAUCUCUAUUAUGGUUGAGAGAUGAGAUCCGAAGUCUUUCUUGUACAUAUAAAUGUCGACAUGAUGCUGCUGCCGACUUGCUCCAUAUUUAUGCUUAUACCAAGCACUUCUUUAGAAUACAGGAAUAUCAAACCGUUACGUCACCGCCUGUCCAUAUUAGUCCACUUGACUUGGGGCCCAAGUAUACUAAUAAGUUGGGAGCAGAGAUUCAGGAGUACCGAAAGGUAUAUGGUGAAAAUUAUUGUUUGGGGCAGCUGAUUUUUUGGCAUAAUCAGAGUAAUACAGAUCCAGAUCGUAGCUUGGUUAGAGCAAGCAGGGGGUGUUUGUCUUUACCAGACAUCAAUUCCUUUUAUGCCAAGGCUCAGAAUCCAUCACAGAAUCGUGUUUAUGGUCCAAGGACUGUCAGAUCUAUGCUGGCAAGAAUGGAGAAGCAGCCACAGAGAUCUUGGCCCAAAGACCAGAUAUGGUUGUUUAGAAGUUCUCCAAAAUUCUUUGGUAGCCCAAUGUUAGAUGCUGUAAUAAAUAACUCUACACUAGACAGGGAGAUGGUUCAUUGGUUGAAGCACAGACCGGAUGUUAUGUGGGACCGUUAAAUUUUUGUAUUUUAUGGAGAGGUGGACGGAGACUUCCCUGUGAAACAUCUAUAUUAUCAGAUAUAGAGGGGUUCAUCAUUCAGAGCUGCCUGCCUCUUUUAGAGUGGAGUUCUGUAAUUAUUAAUCCUAGGCGUUUUUCCUUGUGCGUCUUUUCGGUCAUUAUUGUGUACAGUUUUCUUGGCCAUUGAAUUCUGAUUCUUUUGAUUGUAGGGCAUUGUUUACUCCUGUGUAAUAUGAAAUGAAAGGUAGGAAGGAAAAUAGAAAGGUUAAUUCAAGGCCUUGCUGUGUUAUCAUCUAGUCUGCUAACUAGGGCAAUAUUUUAUAUGAUAAAACCUGCAAUGUAGUUUCCCUGAUGACUGGUCUCACAAUGAUUACAAUUAUUCUGACUUUGGACGAAGUGUGUUAUUAGCA